UCUGCCAAUUGGCAACGUCGUGCAACUCUGUUUUACAGGCUUUAUUUGUGAAUCGUCCUGCUUAUUUGUUUGUUUUUUUAUUGUGCGAAAAACAAUUUAUGUAUAAUAGGGAAAAUGAGACUGAAGCGACGCAGUGAAUUUGAGUUAAAUGUUAUUACAUUAUCCAUAGUAUUGGGCGUAAUUGCGGUGUCAGUGACGCCGGCAAUUGGCGCUAAACCGCUGACCGACACCGUCUACUUGGCCGAGGGUACAUCCAUCGAUAUAACCGCGAAUAGAUACGGAUACAAUGUGCUGCGCACCUAUUGCUAUCCGGGCAAGCGGCAUUCACUGAUCAGUCUGUUUGAAUCGGUCGAAUUUCUACUCUCAAUUGGCAAUGAUGACUACACGGAAUAUGGAGGACGCACUCCCGAGGAGGUUCUCGAGCAUUACAAGGAGCAGCGUUCGAUGUUCAGCUUUACGCUCUUCUCACAGAAGCGUCAACGCGUCCAGAUGUCACCAUUUGAGCAGCAAUGCAUUGGCGUCGCCUCCAAUCAGCCCUACAAUGUCAGCCUCAAGUAUUCAAAGUUCGAUUUUUGGCGCUUUGUUCAACUUGGUCUGGGAAUGUUGAUCUUCUGGAGUGCCGGUCAGCUGGCUAAGAAUAGCGUCUUCUAUUAUCUCGCUGGAAUUGUGCUGGGCAUUUGUGCAUCGCUGUUGGUAAUCAUUGCGAUCGUAUCGAAGCUAUUUCCAAGGCGACCCAUGAUGUAUGGCGUGCUCAUCGGUGGCUGGACAAUUGGACUCUUUAUACUUAAGCAGCUGGCGGACAAUAUGCGUGUGAUACUGCUUACCUAUCGGGAGUAUGUGGUCUGGUACUUGGCCAUUACUGGACUAGUAUCGUUUUUGAUCUGCUAUCGCAUUGGACCACCAAAGAAUCCACGAUCUCAGCGCAUUAUCCAAUGGGUGCUCCAGGCAAUUGGCUGUGCAAUGGUCUACUUUAGCAGUUGGCACACUAGCGCAUGUGCCAUCCUUAUGGCGAUCAUAUUUAUUGCAUAUUACUGUCCCAACUCCGUAUUGAACUAUGCACAGAAAUUCUACAGACGUCGCUUUCCACCAAAGCGUCGUCUGCUCACCCAGGAGGAAUACUAUCAACAGGCUGUCAAUGAGACGGCACGUUCUCUUGCCGAGCUGCGUGAGUUUGUGACCAGUCCAAGUUGCCGCCAAUGGAAGACUAUGAGUUGUCUACGGGAUCCGAUGCGUUUUGCAUCAUUUGCCAACGGAGCACCGCAUUUGUAUGACGAAGAGAUCGAGGAUUAUUCACGCACCAUUGAGGAUUCCAUGGAAGGCGCCGACGAGGACGAGGCUGAGGACUAUCUUCAGUGCAACAUGUACUACCGUCCCACGGCCAGACGUAGCAAUCAACGUCAGACUGCUCCUGUUCCACCCACAUACCCAGCCCGACACUUGCCACUGGCACGACAGCAAAUCAACAACAACCGUGACGACGACGAAGAUGAUGACGAUGAUGACGACGACGAUGAAUACAUGGAGCAGGAGGAUUAAACUAUAAACACAAAUACAUACAUAAGACUCAAUAGUAUAUAAGAUUCAGCCAAGUUUAUUUCCUAGUCGAAGCCAAAUAUGAUUUCCUGUCCGAGUCAUAAAUUCUUAAGACAUUCUAGUUUAUAAUAUUCAGACAGUUCUUUUUACUGGACGUUCCACAUGGAGCAGGAUUACAUCAGAGGCCUCUGGCAAAGCUGCUCCUUGUCAGCAGAAAAAAAUACUUCACUUUUGACCAAGUUUCUGUUCAUUUGUAAAAAACUUUUUCGCCCUUUCGACCAUUUCAAUAUAAAAUUAUUAUUAUAAAUAAAUACAAAUAAAUGUAAGUAAUUCAUAUAAUUUACACUGAUCCUUUUACCUAUAUUUAUAUAACACACAAGUGGACACAAAUUUUGAUUUCUCUAUUAUUGAGCUGAUAAGAGAGCUUCGAGUUGAUCUUUGUCCUCGCAGCUCGAAAUUAUAGAUAAGACUCAUGAUUUCUUUUUAAUUCUUUGUACAUUUUCAUCCCCAGUCGAUGUUUUAAGUAUUUAUUAUGCGAGCUUCAACCAAAUUUAGUAAUAAACAUAAAACAUUCCAAGUUGUGAAAAAAUGCAACUGUACCGAUUUUUUAAGCCGUCUCGCUCUUUGUGGUGUGUCUGUGGCUAAUGCUAUCUCUUUUCCUUUUACUCUAGGCGGUGAAUUGGCAUUAGUUUAUCAU